CAUAUCCCAGAUAUCUGCGAUUCAGUGAGAGAUUCAGAGAAAGUGAAAGUAACUUGAUCAACAACAAUAUGGACGCCUGAAACGAUCAACCUCUUUAAACAACAGAAUAUUUAUUGAGCCGUUCAAAGAGUCUUGUGGGCACAUCUGAUCCUCACAGAAUCUUCACCAACAUCAACAAAAGCAAGAAAAACCAGGAGAAACAGUAUUGACAAUAAUCCUCCAAAUAUGUCAUCCUCCAGCGGUCCACUGACUGAGGAGCUUCAGUGCUCGAUAUGUCUGGACGUGUUCACUGAUCCAGUCACCACUCCAUGUGGACACAACUUCUGCAAGACCUGUCUGAAUAAGUGCUGGGACAACAGCCAGACCUGCAACUGUCCAUAUUGUAAAGAAACAUUCAAGAUCAGACCUGAUCUCAAGAUCAAUACCACACUCAGAGAGCUCGUAGAUCACUAUAAAAAGAAAAGUCCUGAGAAAAAACCUGAAGUUGUGAAAAAACCUGAAAUUCUGUGUGAUUUCUGUGAGGAAAGAAAGCUGAAAGCCCUGAAGUCGUGUCUGGGGUGUCAGAGCUCUUACUGUGAAACUCACCUGGAGCCUCAUUUGAGAGUGGCAGGUUUAAAGAAACACAAACUGAUCAAUCCUGUGAGGAAUCUGGAGGACUAUAUAUGUCAGAAACAUGAGAGACCUCUGGAGCUGUUCUGUAGAGAUGAUCAGACAUGUGUGUGUCCGAUGUGUGCUGUGAAAGACCACAAGAACCACAACACUGUUCCUAUAGAAGAGGAGAGUGAAGAGAAGAAGACUCAACUGAUGAAGACACAGAAAGACGUGCAGCAGAUGAUCCAGGACAGAAUCAAGAAGAUUCAAGACGUCAAACACUCAGCAGAAGUCAGAAAAAGAAACACAGAGGAGGAGAAAGCAGCCCAUGUCGAGCUCUUCACUGAUCUCAUCCGCUCCAUUGAGAGAUGUCAGACUGAACUGCUGGAGAUGAUGGAGGAGCAGCAGAAAGCAGCAGAGAAACAGGAGGAAGAGCUCAUUGAAGAGCUGGAGCAGGAGAUCACUGAGCUAAAGAUGAGAAACACUGAGCUGGAGCAGCUCUCACACACUGAAGAUCACCUCCACCUCCUACAGAUUUACUCAUCCCUGUGCAGCUCUAGAAACACCAGGAACUGGUCUGAGAUCAGUGUGAAGACUGAUGAGAGUCUGGAGACUUUGAGGAGAGCUCUGACUCAACUGCAGGACACUGUACAGGAGAAACUCACACUAACUGAUCUGAAGAGGAUGCAGCAGUAUGAAGUGGAUGUGACUCUGGAUCCUGAUACAGCUAAUUCUGAACUCAUCCUGUCUGAUGAUGGAAAACAAGUGAGACUUGGAGACACUGAGCAGGACCUUCCAGACAAACCAGAGAGAUUUGAUAGAUAUGUAAAUGUCCUGGGAAAGGAGGGAUUCUCCUCAGGGAGAUUUUAUUUUGAGGUGCAGGUGAAGGGAAAGACUGAAUGGGGUUUAGGAGUGGCCAGAGAAUCCAUUGACAGGAAGGGAGAGUCCACACUGUGUCCUGAGGAUGGAUACUGGACUGUACAGCUGAGGAAUGGGAAUGAAUAUGAAGCCUGUGAUGAUUCUCUUAUCCCUCUGUCUCUGAGAGUGAAGCCGCAGCGGGUCGGUGUGUUUAUGGAUUAUGAGGAGGGUCUGGUCUCCUUUUAUGAUGUGGAGUCCAGCUCUCAUAUCUACUCUUUCACUGGUCAGUCUUUCACUGACAAACUCUAUCCAUUUUUUUGUCCAGGCCUUAAUAAUGGAGGUAAAAACUCAACUCCACUGAUCAUCACACCUGUCAAAUACAAUAAAAACACCAUCACCGAUAGAUCCAGCAGCAUGAGUCUCCGGAUUCUUCCUCUAGCCACCAUGAGGGAGCAAAUGGCUCGACUUCGGGCAUUGAGGGCUCUACAUCAAGAGGGAUGGGAGGAGUUGGAGGGGCUUCAGAUCCUGGAUUUUUGGGGCUUUGUCAAAUAUCUCCACCAUAGAAGCAAGUGGGCAACACCUGGUCAACCAGAACCCUACCGUAGAGACUUUCCCUCUCUGAGUCAAGACCCUGGUCUCCAAAAUCCCACUGGGAGGCACAGGGUAAGGAGAAAGAGGAAAGCGAAGGAGUCCGCUCCAGCCCAUGAGUCCGCUCCAGCCCCUACAGAAGAGAUGGGCACAAAGCUACCGCCUCGGCCGCGUAAAAAGAGGAGGAGGAGGAAGAAGGCUUCCUCCAUCCCUCAAGGUCCAGAGGCCUUCCCAGAGCCCGCUGUAGGCCCAGAGGCCUUCCCAGAGCUUGCGGUAGGCCCGGAGACCACCCCAGAGGUUGUUCUUGCGCUUCCCAAGCGUCUUGCCCUGCCGGCGCCACCCAAGUGCCUUGCCCUGUCGCCGCCGCUGCCCAGGCCGUCUGCCCUGCUGAAGUCUACCUGGUUAGUUCCUCCAGCACCACCCUGGCACUCGGCCAGGACCCUGACCUUCUUGGAGCCCCCGUGGUCUGUUCCUCCGGCUCCCCCCUGGCCUUCGGUUCUGAUGCCAAGUCACCUUCUUCAUGCUCGGCUUUACGGAUCCUUCCUCCAGCUCCUGCACCUCUUGAAGAUCUCCCAGCACCUCUUCACUCUUCAUCAGACUCCUCUGGGUGUUCCUCCAGAUCCAGGUGGAAUUCUGCUGCAGGUGGAUCCAGAUCUGUUCCUGUUCUCUGCGUUGAAUCCACAAGUCAAACUCCUCAUCACUGGAACUGUCUGUUCUGUCAUGAGAAACACAGAGAAGGAGAAAGCAGCCCGUGUCGAGCUCUUCACUGAUCUCAUCCGCUCCAUUGAGAGAUGUCAGACUGAACUGCUGGAGAUGAUGGAGGAGCAGCAGAAAGCAGCAGAGAAACAGGAGGAAGAGCUCAUUGAAGAGCUGGAGCAGGAGAUCACUGAGCUAAAGAUGAGAAACACUGAGCUGGAGCAGCUCUCACACACUGAAGAUCACCUCCACCUCCUACAGAUUUACUCAUCCCUGUGCAGCUCUAGAAACACCAGGAACUGGUCUGAGAUCAGUGUGAAGACUGAUGAGAGUCUGGAGACUGUGAGGAGAGCUCUGACUCAACUGCAGGACACUCUACAGGAGAAACUCACACUAACUGAUCUGAAGAGGAUGCAGCAGUAUGAAGUGGAUGUGACUCUGGAUCCUGAUACAGCUAAUCCAUAUCUCAUCCUGUCUGAUGAUGGAAAACAAGUGAGUCAGGGAGACAUUGAGCAGAAACUCCCAGACAAACUAGAGAGAUUUGAUAGAUAUGCAAUUCUGUUGGGAAAGGAGGGAUUCUCCUCAGGGAGAUUUUAUUUUGAGGUGCAGGUGAAGGGAAAGACUGACUGGACUUUAGGAGUGGCCCGAGAAUCCAUUGACAGGAAGGGAGAAUUUACACUGUGUCCCAGUAAUGGAUUAUGGACUGUGUGGCUGAGGAAUGAGAAUGAAUAUAGUGCCUGUAAUGAUUCUCCUGUCUCUCUGUGUCUGAGAGUGAAGCCGCAGCGGGUCGGUGUGUUUGUGGAUUAUGAGGAGGGUCUGGUCUCCUUUUAUGAUGUGGAGUCCAGCUCUCAUAUCUACUCUUACACUGGUCAGUCUUUCACUGAGAAACUCUAUCCAUAUUUUAGUCCAGAACCUAAUGUUGGAGGUAAAAACUCAACUCCACUGAUCAUCACACCUGUCAAAUACAAUAAAUGAAUUUACACCCCAAUAUGAAAUAGAUUAAAGUAAUGAUCUUAAUAAUGA